UGUGAUUUGGCGCGUAAAUGUGAUUUUUGCUUGUUAAUUGCUUGCUAAUUUUUCAUAAGGUUUUUGUUUACGCUGAUUAAUUGUAAUAUUAUAUUAAAGUUAUUUAUUGAAAUAUGAAGUGUAAAAUACCAGAAAUCUCAUGGCACAAUCGCGACCCAGUAUUGAGUGUUGAUAUACAACCCAGAUCAUUGGUAUCAACGGAAAAACCCAAUAUAAAGCAUCGCCUGGCAUCGGGCGGCACAGAUGCUCAUGUACUUAUCUGGUAUAUGAACUACACAGAGGAUGAAAAAGAUAUAGAAUUGGAUUUGGCUGCCGAUUUAACGCGGCAUCAGCGUGCAGUGAAUGCUGUAAAAUGGUCACCAAAUGGUGAGUUGCUGGCAUCAGGUGAUGACGAGAGUGUCGUCUUCAUUUGGAAGCUGAAAGGAGAGCAAGAACCAUUGAAUAUAUUAGACAACACUAACGAGCAGGACAAAGAAGUAUGGAUUGUAUUAAAGGUAUUGCGCGGUCACAUGGAGGACAUUUACGAUUUGAGUUGGGCGCCAAAUUCACAGUUUCUCGUAAGCGGUUCUGUGGAUAAUUCUGCUAUGGUCUGGGACGUGCAAAAGGGAAAAUCUACGGGAAUGUUGCGUGAUCACAAAUCGUUUGUACAAGGUGUGGCUUGGGAUCCAAAAAAUCAAUAUAUUGCUACACUGAGUUCGGAUAGAUAUUUACGUAUUUUCGACAUACAGACGAAGAGGGUUUUACAUCGCAUUAACAAAUCCACACUACCGGUCGGUGAGGGUCAUGAAUUUUACGGCCAUCGUUUGCGUAUAUUCCACGACGAUACAUUGCAGACAUUCUUUCGUCGCCUCUGCUUUACGCCUGAUGGAAAAUUGUUGCUAACACCUGCCGGUGUAGCCGAAAAAGAUGACGUAGCUCAAUCAUUGCACACCACAUACGCAUUUAGUCGACAUGCCUUCCGACAACCUGCCAUUGUAUUGCCCUGUCCCGGACAGUAUACAGUGGCGGUGCGUUGUUGCCCGAUUCUCUAUCGAUUGCGACCACAUAAAGCUGAUGUUAAUCCACCAGUUGUGCCACUGCCAUAUCGUAUGAUUUUCGCCGUCGCAACACGUAGUUCCGUUUACUUUUAUGAUACGCAGCAGCGACAACCAUUUGCAGUAAUCUCAAAUAUACACUACACACGGCUAACAGAUGUGACUUGGUCGAGUGACGGCCGAAUUGUCGUUGUGUCGAGUACGGAUGGUUUCUGUUCAUUGAUCACCUUUGAAGCGGGAGAAUUGGGAGAAGAAUAUGAAGAUGCGGCGCAAGUGUUAAGUGCAAAUGACAUCAGUACGGUUGGUAAAAAAUCGAAGAAACAAAAGGAAAACGACGGACAAAGCGUUAAGGAGCGCAAACCAUCGACUGAUGAACCGAAAAGUAUAAACAUCAAACGUUAUCCGCUAGUGCAAAUAGCCGAGGAACAAAAAACCCAUGAGCCAAUGGAGACGACAGUUGAAGCUGCAGCUAAAACAACACCUGCUACCACUACAACAACAGUAGAAAAACAAGCUGAAAAUGCCUUAGAAGUAAACAGCGGCGAAAGCGCAGCCUUAACUCAAAAUAAUAAAAGUAUAGUUAAUGAGAGCGUGUCAGUGAACUUAAAUAAUGCUGGGCCCGCAUUGGCAAUAACCAAAACGCUUGGUGCUCAAAUUAUUAUUGACAAGGAAAUUCUUAGCUCCGAUGAACGCUUCGAAUCACCGGAGAAGAAAAGUCGUCCCGUCACACCGAUAAUGGUUAGACGCACACCACGCAGUUCAACGUUACCCAGUGUAACUAACACACCCACUACCGGUGAGACGAAUAUAAAUAGCGCAAAGAAAGCCACAAUUACGCCUGCUACAACGCGACAGUCAAAAGGCGCUACCCCCAUAUCAGUGCGACGCGCGCCUCGUGCGCUUAUAACGAUGCCAGCACCACCAGCGGCAGUUUCAACCUCAACUGUAGAAGAAGUGGCGCUAGAUGCCUGGCCAACACCAAUGGAAGUAGACGAUAGUAACACUGUGGUGCAAACAAAGCCUACUACACCAAUGGAUGAACCGAUUAAACCUCCCGCAGCAGCUGAGGUUCAAAAGUCGCCUGUCAACAAGGACGCGACAUUGGAGUGCACAGAAGAUAUACGUUUGGUUUACGAGGAUUCAGUGGAUAAUAACUCACAGGCGGCAAUUGUCAAAACUACUGCAGAUCAAGUUAGUAAGAGCGUCGAACAACAGAUAAAUAUUGAAACAACAGCUAGCAAGGAAGAAUGCGCAACGACAUCUACACCUAAAACACCGGGAAAUAAAACUCCACGGCGUGUCGCGCUAAAAACAAUUUCAACGCCCAAAUCAAAAAAGAAGUUAUUGGAAUAAUAAUGAAUAAAUAAUUGUUUUUAAUUGUAAGACGUGAGUGAUGUUUUUAAGAAAACCCUAAAAUAUACAUA